CAGACGACACUCCUAUUGUGGUGUCGCGCUCGCCCGCUUCGCCCGGUUGUCAUACACAAAACCCGUGCAUUGAUCUAUUUAGGAAUGACCCCCCAGCGCCCGCGCUGCAGAAAAGGCGUCCCCUAGCAACGGGCUGUCGGUACCUGUCGUAGUAAUUGAAUGGUGUGUUGUGUUGUAAGCAUGUACUCGAGGAUUUUCUGCAUGUUGCGAUGUUGACUCGUCCGUGCUUUCAGUGAAAGGGAGUCCCAGAAACAGACGUGCAGUUGGUAGUAUAUGUUUCUAUUCCAUAUGUCCACUUUCAGGCUGGGGUGGUGAUUUUGAAAUCAGCCAAAUAUAUAUAUUCUGGAGUAAGAGAGCAAAAAGAAGAUAUUUCCAAUGAGUAUACCCGUGUUCCGACCCUCCAAGGGCGACUCCCUGAUCGUCCGCGACACCAUGGGACACGUCGCCGAGAACAAUGCCCGAUCGGCCCACCAUGCGAUCACCAAACUCGACUUCGCCGGACGUCGACCUCACACCCAGGGAACUGCUCGCUUCGGCCAGCUCAGCCAGAGCUCGUUUUUCGCCCGUCACAACCCACAGUCGAAGAGAGUUAGGCAUAUAAAAGGCUUGCUAGACUUCCCCAUAUGUUCCGUCCACGACGACGGGUAUAUCGCGAAUUCCCGUCUCAAUCGACGACCGGCAACCAUGGACGACAUCAACUUGACGAGGAAGUCGUGGCCGUUGACGAAGGCGCCACCGCAGUCGGCCCCCGUGGCCCGCCUGGCCCCUCUUGGGCGUCUUCCCGUUCACGCGAUCAACUACCACCCAAAUCACAUCAACCCAGCUCUCCAAAACCAUAAGAUCAAUGCCCUUGAAGCGAAUACCAUAUAUGGGCGCUAUCCAAUGUCGUAUCGGGAGAGGGCUGACCCAAAGUUUGGGCUGAGCCUUCUCGAUGUCCCGAUCUGCGCCGUGCACGACGAGGGAUACUUCACCAACCCACGGUUACGUCGUCGACCGGCGACGGCGGAGGCGAGAGGGAUGUAUACCUUCCGCAUCCCCAAGCCAGCCAAGGAGGUGUACAAUCUCAACCCCACCAUCAACGCCUCCCAAUACCCGAUCAACACCCUGACCGGACUCAGCAUGUUCCCGCAGGGGUUCAGGGAGAAGACCCACGCCCCAAUGUUCGGCCUCAUUCCCGUCACCGACAAAUGGAGGGAUGAACUUCGGGAAAUAACGGAGCAGGCUGGCUUCGGUUUGCCGAAGGAGAUCAAGCAGGCCCAAGCCGAACAGCCGAAGCGGACUUCGGUCUAUUCGGCAGACACUGGUCGGCUAAUUCCGCCACCCUCUCGGGCGAUGACUCGAGGCGCCUCAAGACAAAAACAUGAGCAACAUGAUCUCAUGUACCACAUCGCCGCCGAAGGCAGCAAUGAAUCACUGAAAUUACCCAUAAUUGGAGUUCCAAGAGCUAGGAAGGGCCAUCAGGUCCUUGAAAUGCUUUGCCAAAUCCUCCAGACAGACUCCCUCAACGCAGUGCAAUCAUGGCUCGUAUCGGCUGGAGAAAGAGAAAAGGCACUGGUUCUCGACAUGAUUAAAUCAGCAUUUAGUAACGAGGCAGAUUACUUCCAACGAACUGUCGCUGAAGCUUAUAACGACGCUCCUGCACCGCCACCACCGCGCCCAUCAACCAACCUACCGGCAAACAUGAACGUCACAAACGGUUACGGCGACGUCGAUAUUCCUUCGCCGCCGCCGUUCGCCGGGAGAGACAUUCGUUACCAGGCUGUGGCAGAGGCAGCUGCUGGCCUCAAGACGCCAAAGAAGGUCGAAAAUAACCAAGAAAAGACGAUAUUUGACGCAGAAGGAAGUUUACCAAAGUUGGAUUUAAAGAAGAAAAAUGAUUCAAAUGAUCACCCAGCCUUACGACAGAGAAGUCACAAACCAGAUGUCUUCAAAAUCGAGCACAAUUCACCCCGUCCUGCAACUAAAAAUGGGAAGCACCCAGCCAAGCUGCCGCCCCUUUCUCCCAAACAUGAGAAUGGACAAGAAGAACAGAAUUGUGACUCUUGGAAACCAGAUGAUGCCGUCGUUUGAAGGUCAUUACCAAUGUCAAGAAACUAUUUUCUGAGAGUCACUUUCAUAAGUCACAAGACAACGUCAACUUCCACCGAUAGCCUGCAGACAGAAGACAUUGUUUUGUCCACGGGCUGAUAUCUUCAACAAAGUUUGGAGAUUACGAGAGUUUAUUCUCACCCAUGAGACCUGACAUAACAGUUUUUAAAUUGUAUAAAACAUUGAGAGUCUAAAUUAUGAGAUAUGAUAUAAAGUUAUACAUAGGAACAUAUAUUUGGCAUAGAGAUACUGCAUUGAAGUGCUUUUUUAAGAUUUCUUUUAGUAUGCAUUUAAACAGAAUCAAAGUAAAUGUAUAUUUGAGUAAUAGUAACAUGUACUCCAUACCUCUAGUUCAAAGUAUCAUUGCUGUUGUGGUAGAGAGCUGUUCCGGAACAAAAUAUAGGCCUAGUACCUCGCUUUUGUACAUUACAUAAUACUUUCUUGACAUAUACACGUUUCAUACAAUUGUGAUGUGUUUUUGCUGAGGUCAAGCCACUUUUCAUGGUAGAAUCAUAAUAGCUCUAUGGUAAAAUGUUAUCAUCUGUUAUUUGUAGGUAAUGCCUCCAGACACUACUGUGCGUGUCAGUGUCACAGGUCAAAAAAAGGGUACAAAUGUUUUUUGUGUUGAUUUAAUCGCAACAGCAUGAUUCACAAAAGAAUACAUUAUAACAGAUGUACAUGUACACUGUACUAUCUUUAGAAGUAGAAGUUUAAAAAAAAGUCUUAGACAAUUAACAUUAAAUCUUCUUUCUUCUUCAUAUAUUUGAAAAAUAUAUUAAUCUGAAAACAGAUUAUUCAAAUUGUAAGUCAGAAAGGAGAAAUUAAAAAAAAUCUAUGAAAAAUUACCUUUUAUAGUAAUGCUAUGAGGCUGAAAUGUGUUUAAAGCAUUUGGUUAACUUGACUCAAUUUCCAUCUGAAUUAAGAAAGGUCACGUAAGGUUGACACAUAUAUAUAUAUAUAUGGAUGGAUGGAUCAUACCACAGAUUUGACAUGAAACCGGAUUACAUAUACUGGGAUAUUUCAUAUUGUUACAAACGGGUCCUGUCCUAUAAAUGAAUGAUCCAAUCAAGCUCAGCUAUGGAAAGCCAGCAAUGUCAUAAUUCUUCGCACUAAAGCUUUAUACAAUGGCCCUCUUUUGAAAACAAAGGGGAGCACACUGAUUUAACAAGACAAAGAUUCAGGCAAACCUUGUGUCUUAAGACACCAUGAUGUUGUAAAUGCAUUCUAGAUGUUUGGGUUGUUGGCUUUCCAUAGUUGUGAUUGAUCGGAUCAAUUGUAACUCUUCGCAGGACAGGGCCAUGGUGUAUUUUUUUUAACUAAUCAAGUAAUACAUGUAUGUUUCUUUGAUGCAAUAUAUAGUGUCGAUUUAGUUAGAUCAAGAUCAUGCAACUCUAUUUCAUGUUUAAACAAAUUGUCUCGGUGUCAAAAUAAUGUUUGGUUUGUAUAAGUUUU